UUUACCGCCCAAAAGUAUUAUCUAGAGUCAAACUUUUUAACCUUGUGUUUGAAUUACCAAUGUCGCCGAUUCCUUCUGACCGCAUUUACUCGCUGGAGGGCAAGGGCCUGAAGCUGACGACGGCCGAGGACAUAGCGCCGUAUGUGGAGGAGCUGCGCAAGAUUGAGAACCUGGAGGAGCUGCGGCUAAACGGCAACACGGUCGGGCCCGAGGCCGCGCAAGCCCUGGCCAGCGCGCUGAAGACCAAAACGACGCUCAAGGUAGCGACGCUGCACGACAUUUUCACCGGACGGCUCAAGGACGACGUCAAGGCCAGCCUGGAGGCAUUGGCCGAGGCGCUGGUGGAGCUGCCGGAGCUGACCGAGCUCAAUCUCUCGGACAACGCCUUCGGUCCAUUGGGCGCCACGGCCAUGGCGCCGUUCCUGAGCAAACACACGGGCCUGCAGGUGCUCAAGCUGAACAACAACGGGCUGGGGAUCCAGGGCGGGCAGACAAUUGCUGCUGCGCUUGUCGAGUGCCAGAAAGAGUGCCUGCGGCUGGGCAGGCCGGCGGCUCUGCAUACGCUUAUUUGUGGACGCAACCGGCUCGAGAAUGGCUCGGCGCCGGCCUUCGCCAACGCGUUCGGGACGCUAAAGUCGAUGCGCCAUGUGAGCAUGCCGCAGAACGGAAUCCGCCCUGAGGGCAUUGCGGAGCUGGUCGCCGGGCUGGCCAACAACGAAAGCCUGGCCACCCUGGAUCUGCAGGACAACACGUUCACGGCGACUGGGUCAAAGGCGCUCGCCGAGGCCCUGGCGGGUUGGCAGGCACUCGAGGUGCUGAAUGUUGGUGAUUGUCUGCUGGGCGCCGAGGGCGGUCGGCUGGUUGCCGAGGCGCUUGGGCAGCGCGCUUCGCUGAAGAACAUCAAUAUGCAGUACAAUGAGAUUGAGAUGGACGGUGCGCUGGCGCUGGCCGAGUCGGUGCGCAGGCUCAAGGCACUAGUGAACUUGGAGCUCAACGGAAACCGGUUCGAUGCGGAGAGCAAUGCUGUGGAGAUGAUCAAGGCGGCGCUGGCCGAGAACGACAUUGACGAUGAUGUGCUUGGAUCGCUGUCAGAUAUGGAGGAGCUGACUGACGAUGAGGAGGAGGACGAGGACGAGGAGGACGAGGAGGACGAGGAGAAGAAGGACACGGAGCAUGCCCCGAAGACAGCGUCGGAGGCUCUCAGCAGCGAGCUGGAUGACCUGGUGUCGCAGAUGAAAGAGCAGCUCAACGUCUAGAUCACCCCCUUUUCAGUUAAAAUAGGUUUCGCAAUAAAUAUUCAAACAUGCCGA